AUGGGGACAUGGGGAAUGAGAUCACUAGAAAGAGGUUUUCCCCCUUCCGGCGGAGGAGUUGGGGCGUCAACUGGGGGCGGCGCGGGCGGAGAGAUCUCGGGGGAAGGCGUGGGCGGAGAGAUCUCGGGGGAAGGCGUGGGCGGAGAGAUCUCGGGGGGUGGCGUGGGCGGGGGAACGGGGGGCAAGGAUGGAGUGGGGGCAGGCGCGGGCGCGGGUUGCGGAGCGGGGACAGGGGGAGGGAUGGGCGGAGCGAUGGGCGAAUCGAUGAACGCGGGCGCGGGCGUCGGUGAGGGCGCGGGCGUCGGAGAAGGCGCGGGCGUUGGGGAAGGCGCGGGCGUUCGGGCCGGCGCGGGCGUUCGGGCCGGCGCGGGCGUUGGGGAGGGGGACAGAGUAGGCUCCGGAGCGGGUGCAGCGACUGGGGGAGGAGGGGGCGGGGAGGCCUUGGUUGGGGGAGGGGAGGCCUUGGUUGGAGGGGAGGCGCUGGUUGGAGGGGAGGCGUUGGUUGGAGGGGAGGCGUUGGGGGGAGGGGAGGCCUCGGGGGGAGGGGGGGGCUUGUGGGGCGGAGGCGGCGGCGACUUCCCUAGGGAUGGGGCGACGAGAAGCGCGAGGAGAACGAACAGCACUUGGAUAUGCGCAGAUCCGCGCGCGCGCGCCAUGUUUCCGCUCGCGUGCAAUGCGCUGCGCGAUGCGCGCGUGACUGCGGAAAAGACCCGGCGAGAGUAUCACCGCGAGAUUUGCGGCGGGGAUAAGGCUGCAAGCGCGGACCCUGACCCGACAAGAUGGCUGCGGCUCCGCAGCAAUGGGGCCUCAGUGAGCUUUGAGCUGAUCGAAGAAAAUGCGGCAGGGUGA